AGCUGUGUGUGACAUUUCAUGGAAUGACUGUGUGAAUUUGAUGCUUUUAAAUAUCAUUUGUUUGUGCACAUACCGGACAUAAAGUCAGUUUAUAACAAAUUUCUUAAUAUUUUAAUUAUAAUAUAACGUAAUUAUAUCGAAGUAUAUUAUUAUACAACUGAAAAUCAGCAAAUAUGUCACGUGGAAGUUCAGCCGGCUUUGAUCGUCAUAUUACUAUUUUUUCACCAGAGGGUCGUCUCUAUCAAGUUGAAUAUGCCUUCAAAGCUAUUAACCAAGAGGGUAUUACAUCAGUGGCUCUAAAGAGUGGUGACUGUGCUGUAAUAGCAACACAAAAGAAGGUUACCGAUAAAUUGAUUGAUCCAAAAACUGUUACACAUAUAUUUAAAAUUACCAGUAAAAUUGGUUGUGUGAUGACAGGACGCAUAGCUGACAGCCGUUCGCAGGUACAAAAGGCUCGUCAUGAAGCUGCUCACUGGCGUUAUAAAUAUGGGCAUGAAAUGCCGGUUGAUGUGGUUUGCAGACGUGUGGCUGAUAUGAAUCAAGUUUACACUCAAAAUGCCGAAAUGCGUCCACUAGGCUGCAGUAUGAUUGUCAUUGGUUAUGAUGAAGAAAAAGGACCUGCAGUUUUUAAAACUGAUCCUGCGGGUUACUUUUGCGGUUUCCGUGCGGUCUCCGUUGGUGUGAAGCAGGUUGAGGCAAAUAGUUAUUUAGAGAAGAAAUACAAAAAUAACCUUUCUGAAGAAAAAACGAUUCAAUUGGCAAUUAUGUGUCUCUCUAAUGUUUUAGCAGUUGAUUUUAAACCAAAUGGUAUUGAAAUCGGUGUAAUAAGCAAGGACAAUCCACAAUUCAGAACAUUGGAUGAAAAAGAAAUUGAGGAUCACCUAACAAAAAUAGCAGAGAAAGAUUAAAACAAAAAGUAUAUAUAUUAAAGUUUCAAACUUUAUUAGUUUCAGUGGUCUAAAGUAAAAUUUAUAAUUUUUAAUAAAUGUGUCUGCAAAAACAAAUA